AUCUCAGAGUUGUUUGAGAUGAUCGAAAAGAUGCAGGGAAGCAGAAUGGAUGAACAGCGAUGCUCCUUCCCACCCCCUCUCAAGACCGAAGAGGAUUAUAUCCCAUAUCCCAGCGUCCACGAGGUGCUGGGGCGCGAGGGGCCGUUCCCCCUCAUCCUGCUUCCACAGUUCGGGGGCUACUGGAUCGAAGGCACCAACCAUGAGCUGACCAGCAUCCCCGAAACCGAGUCGCUCCCGUCUCCAACCUCCAAGGUGAAACUGGAAUGUAACCACAUGGCCAGGAUCUACAGGAAGCAUUUCCUGGGCAAGGAGCACUUUAACUACUACUCCCUGGACACGGCACUGGGCCACCUCGUCUUCUCCCUCAAGUAUGAUGUAAUUGGUGACCAGGAGCACCUGCGGCUGCUGCUCAGGACCAAGUGCCGAACCUACCAUGACGUCAUCCCCAUCUCCUGCCUGACCGAGUUCCCCAACAUCGUGCAGAUGGCCAAGCUGGCGUGCGAGGACGUGAACGUGGAUCGGUUCUAUCCGGUGUUGUACCCAAAGGCCUCCCGUCUCAUUGUCACCUUCGACGAGCACGUCCUCACCAAUCACUUCAAGUUCGGUGUCAUCUACCAGAAGUUGGGCCAGACAUCCGAGGAGGAGCUGUUUGGCACCACCGAGGAGAGCCCGGCCUUCGCGGAGUUCCUCGGCUUCCUGGGCCAGAAAGUCCAGCUGCAGGAUUUCAAGGGGUUCCGGGGGGGGCUGGACGUGACCCAUGGCCAGACGGGAACAGAAUCCAUCUACUGCACCUUCCGCAGCAAGGAGAUCAUGUUCCACGUGUCCACAAAGCUGCCCUACACCGAGGGCGACGCCCAGCAGUUGCAGAGGAAAAGGCACAUCGGGAACGACAUUGUGGCCAUCGUCUUCCAGGACGAGAACACGCCCUUCGUGCCGGACAUGAUCGCCUCCAAUUUCCUGCACGCCUACAUCGUGGUGCAGGCGGAGAAGCCCUGCUCCGAGAGCACGCUCUACAAGGUCUCCGUCACAGCCCGGGACGACGUGCCUUUCUUUGGCCCCCCACUGCCUGACCCAGCCGUCUUCAGAAAGGGCCUCGAGUUCCAGGAGUUUCUGCUGACCAAGCUGAUCAACGCCGAGUACGCCUGCUACAAAGCCGAGAAGUUUGCCAAGCUGGAGGAGCGCACGCGGGCAGCUCUGCUGGAGACGCUGUAUGAGGAGCUGCAUGUUAACAGCCAGUCCAUGAUGGGCCUGGGCGGGGAUGAGGACAAGCUGGAGAAUGGCAGCGGGGGUAGCGGAGGCUUCUUCGAGUCCUUCAAGCGCGUGAUCCGCAGCCGCAGCCAGUCCAUGGAUGCCAUGGGCCUCAGCAGCAAGAAGCAGAACACGGUGUCCACCAGCCACAGCGGCAGCUUCGGCCACAACAACCCAGACAUGGCCAAAACCGCGGGCAUAUCAUUGCUUGUCCCUGGAAAAGCGCCAAGUAGGUGCGGACGUCGAGGCAGCGCCAUAGGGAUAGGAACCAUAGAAGAGUCGCUGAUUGUUCCUGGGAAGAGCCCGACACGGAAGAAAUCCGGCCCCUUCAGCCCCCGGAGGAGCAGCGCCAUCGGCAUCGAGAACAUCCAGGAGGUGCAGGAGAAAAGGGAGAACCCAGCAGGCCCCCAGAAGACGCCUGACAGCGGCCACGUGUCCCAGGAGCCCAAGUCGGAGAACUCGUCCAACCAGAGCUCUCCAGAGAUGCCCACCACGAAGAACAAGGGGGAGCCGGCGUUGCAGAGGCCCGAGGUGCUGCGGGAUUUCUCCCGCUCGUCAUCCAGCGCCAGCAGCUUCGGCAGCGUGGUGGAGGAGAACGAGGGUGCUGACGAUGACACGGGCGCAGAGAGCCAGGCCUCGGGGACGCCCCACAAGCGAGACUCCUUCAUCUACAGCACGUGGCUGGAUGACAGCCUCAGCACUGCCAGCGGGGGGAGCUCUCCAGGUACCUGACCGGGACCCCACCCAGUGCGGCCCCAGCCACCGCUGGCCCCUACCCCCCACACCACCUGCCCCCUCCCCCUUUCCUCUGUGCCCUCCCCCGGUGCUCCUGGAGAAGACGGGGAUUCUCACGGCCUGUGCCCAGCGCCCUCGCCCCACUCUCCUUCGCCUGCAGCACCCACACAAGAAGCACAAGCUGAAGGGCUUGCGGAGGGCCCCGACCUUUGUCACAGCCGAAGACGACUGGCCCAUCGCCGAAGCCAGCAGCCAAAGCCUGUGGCCUAG